GUGGGCUCCAGCUGCAGCACUGCGCCAGUUCAGCCCGCCUGGCAGCCCCGGGGCUCGCGAGCAGCGGCGGCCUGUAGAGAGAGGUUCCUCCCCCUCUGCUCUGCACCAGUCCCAGGGAAUCUGUGGUCGGGUGACGCGCAUCCUUCAGCAAGCCACCUGCAGCCCGGGGCGCGCCGCUAGGACCGCAUCACAGGCUGGGCCGGCGGCCUGGGUACCGCGCGCUCCGGAGGCCAUGCGGGCGUUGGCGCGGUGCAGCGACCGGCUGCCGCUGCUUGUUGUUUUGUCAGUAAUGAUUCUUGAGACCAUUACAAACCAAGAUCUGCCUGUGAUCAAGUGUGUUUUAAUCAGUCAUAAGAACAAUGGCUCAUCAGCGGGAAAGUCAUCAUCGUACAUCAUGGUGCCAGGAUCCCCAGCAGACCUCCGGUGUACCCCGAGGCACCAGAGUAAAGGGGUGGUAUAUGAAGCUGCAACUGUGGAGGUGGCCAAGUCUGCGUCCAUCACCCUGCAAGUGCAGCUCACCACCCCAGGGGACCUUUCCUGCCUCUGGGUCUUUAAGCACAGCUCCCUGGGCUGCCAGCCACACUUUGAUUUACAAAACAGAGGAAUCGUUUCUAUGGCCAUCUUGAAUGUUACAGAGACUCAGGCUGGAGAAUACCUACUCCAUAUUCAGAGUGAAGCCGCUAACUCCACAGUACUGUUCACAGUGAACGUAAGAGAUACACAGCUGUACAUGCUAAGAAGACCUUACUUUAGAAAGAUGGAAAACCAGGAUGCGCUGCUCUGCAUCUCAGAGGGUGUUCCGGAGCCCACUGUGGAGUGGGUGCUCUGCAGUUCCCACAGGGAAAGCUGUAAAGAAGAAGGCCCCGCUGUUGUCAAAAAGGAGGAAAAAGUACUUUACGAGUUAUUCGGAUCAGACAUCAGAUGCUGUGCUAGAAACGCACUGGGCCGCAAAUGCACCAAGCUGUUCACCAUAGAUCUAAAUCAGGCUCCUCAGAGCACACUGCCCCAGUUAUUCCUGAAAGUGGGGGAACCCUUGUGGAUAAGGUGCAAGGCCAUCCAUGUGAACUAUGGAUUCGGGCUCACCUGGGAGCUGGGAAACAAAGCCCUGGAGGAGGGCAGCUACUUUGAGAUGAGUACCUACUCUACGAACAGAUCCAUGAUCCGGAUCCUCUUGGCUUUUGUGUCCUCCGUGGGAAGGAACGACACGGGGUACUAUACCUGCUCUUCCUCAAGGCACCCCAGCCAGUCAGCGUUGGUGACCAUCCUAGACAAAGGGUUCAUAAAUGCUAACAGCUCACAAGAAGAGUAUGAAAUUGACCCAUAUGAAAAGUUCUGCUUCUCAGUCAGGUUCAAAGCAUAUCCACAAAUCCGGUGCACGUGGAUCUUCUCUCAAGCAUCGUUUCCUUGUGAACAAAGAGGCCUGGAGGAUGGAUACAGCAUAUCUAAAUUUUGCGAUCAUAAGAACAAGCCAGGAGAGUACAUAUUCCAUGCAGAAAACGAUGAUGCCCAGUUCACCAAAAUGUUCACGCUGAAUGUAAGAAAGAAACCUCAAGUGCUAGCAAAGACCUCAGCCAGCCAGGCGUCCUGUUCCUCUGAUGGCUACCCGUUACCCUCUUGGACCUGGAAGAAGUGUUCGGACAAGUCUCCCAACUGUACCGAGGAAAUCCCAGAAGGAGUUUGGAAUAAAAAGGCUAACAGAAAAGUGUUUGGACAGUGGGUGUCGAGCAGUACUCUAAAUAUGAGUGAGGCUGGGAAAGGGUUUCUGGUCAAAUGCUGUGCAUACAAUUCUGUGGGCACGUCUUGCGAUACCAUCUUUUUAAACUCACCAGGCCCCUUUCCUUUCAUCCAAGACAACAUCUCCUUCUAUGCGACCAUUGGGCUCUGUCUCCCCUUUAUUGUCAUUCUCACCGUGUUGAUCUGUCACAAAUACAAAAAGCAAUUUAGGUACGAAAGCCAGCUGCAGAUGAUCCAGGUGACCGGUCCCCUGGAUAACGAGUACUUCUACGUUGACUUCAGGGACUAUGAAUAUGACCUCAAGUGGGAGUUUCCAAGAGAAAACUUAGAGUUUGGGAAGGUCCUCGGGUCCGGCGCUUUCGGGAGGGUGAUGAAUGCCACGGCCUAUGGGAUUAGUAAAACGGGAGUCUCAAUUCAGGUGGCAGUGAAGAUGCUAAAAGAGAAAGCAGACAGCUGUGAAAGAGAAGCACUCAUGUCGGAGCUCAAAAUGAUGACCCACCUGGGGCACCAUGACAACAUCGUGAAUCUGCUGGGGGCAUGCACACUGUCAGGGCCAGUGUACUUGAUUUUUGAAUAUUGUUGCUAUGGUGACCUCCUCAACUAUCUAAGAAGUAAAAGAGAGAAGUUUCACAGGACAUGGACAGAGAUUUUUAAGGAGCAUAAUUUCAGUUUUUACCCCAUCUUCCAGACACAUUCAAAUUCCAGUAUGCCGGGUUCACGAGAAGUUCAGAUACACCCACCCUUGGAUCAGAUCUCAGGGUUCAAUGGGAAUUCAAUUCAUUCUGAAGAUGAGAUUGAGUAUGAAAACCAGAAGAGGCUGGAAGAAGAAGAGGAAGAAGAUUUGAACGUGCUGACGUUCGAAGACCUCCUUUGUUUUGCGUACCAAGUAGCCAAGGGCAUGGAGUUCCUGGAGCUCAAGUCGUGUGUUCACAGAGACCUAGCAGCCAGGAACGUACUGGUCACCCACGGGAAGGUGGUGAAGAUCUGUGACUUUGGACUGGCCCGAGACAUCCUGAGCGACUCCAGCUACAUCGUCAGGGGCAACGCGCGACUGCCCGUGAAGUGGAUGGCACCCGAGAGCUUAUUUGAAGGGAUCUACACAAUCAAGAGUGACGUCUGGUCCUAUGGCAUCCUUCUCUGGGAGAUAUUUUCACUGGGUGUGAACCCUUACCCUGGCAUUCCUGUUGAUGCUAACUUCUAUAAACUGAUUCAGAGUGGAUUUAAAAUGGAGCAGCCAUUCUAUGCCACAGAAGAGAUAUACUUUGUAAUGCAAUCCUGCUGGGCUUUUGACUCAAGGAAGCGGCCUUCCUUCCCCAACCUGACUUCAUUUUUAGGAUGUCAGCUGGCAGAAGCAGAAGAAGCGAUGUAUCAGAACAUGGGCGGCAACAUUCCAGAACAUCCAUCCAUCUACCAAAACAGGCGUCCUAUCAGCAGAGAGGCAGGCUCAGAGCCGCCAUCGCCACCAGCCCAGGUGAAGGUUCACAGAGAGAGAAGUUAGUGAGGAAGCCUUGGACCCCACUACCCUGCACAGGCUGUAGAUCACAGAGCCAAGAUUAGCCUCGCCUAGAAGGAGGCACCCUACCAGCCCGUGCUUCGCUGGACUUUUCUCUAGAUGCUGUCUGCCAAUUCUCCAAAGUGACUUCUAUAAAAUCAAACCUCUCCUCGCACAGGCAGAAGCCAAUAAUGAGAUUUAUUGGCGAGCCUGCCUACGCUGGGAGGCCUUUCCAGGCUGACUUGAGGGGAAAGCCAUGUAUCUGAAAUAUAUAGUAUAUUCUUGUAAAUACAUAAAACAAAACAAACCCAUUUUUUGCUAAGAAGAAAGGAGCUAAAUAUGAUUUUUUAAAAAUCUACGUUUUAAAAUACUAUGUAACUUUUUCAUCUGUUUAGUGAUAUAUUUUAUGGAUGGAAAUAAACUUUCUACUAUAGAAA